AUGUGGGAUACUCUCGAUCUGAACCUCUUUCUUACCCAGCACUGUUAUGAAUGCUCCGGAUUUGCAUGGCGGGAGCAUUCCCAUAACCUUCCACCUUCUGGCGAAUAUCGAGGAAUCGGAGAUUACAAUUUUGGCCAACUCCUAGAAGGUGUCGAUUUCAACUGGUAUGCCGUGUCGGUGACCGAUUACCCAGAAGGAAACUAUCCACACUUCAAGGUCGUCCUGGAAAGUGAAGUGGAUAGGGAUGAUCGGCUGCUUCGCGGAGAAAUCAUGACCAUCGCCGAUAUCAUGACUGCUCGUCUGAAGCCCCAGCUGCCAUUAGAGCAUACCAUUGCCCCAGUAAGGCCUCCAUGGUGGAUUCACAACGCCCCGCUAACCUCUCAAUCGACCCUAGUCUUUUCUUUUAUGGGUCCUCGUCAUGCUCGUGUCCUGGGGGCUGAUCUUGACGGAGAAAUUCUCCACACCCGCGCUUCUAAGCUGUAUGAUUUCACGCAAAAGAACACGGAUGUUGUGCAAUUGCUGACGCGGUAUUGGCUUGGCGGCGCGUGUGGCCGGACUGUGAUGAAAACCUAG